CAGCUGAUUAUAGUACGAUAUCUCUUACUUCAGCGUGGAGCUUAACAAGUUGGGACUUCAGUUUUAACAAAGAGAAAAAAGGUUUAACGUGAUUUCUGGAAUAUUACUAUGACAUACACAGAAUUACAACGUAGAAUGGACGACACUAAAACGAAAGGGUCUGGUAUCGGGAAGGCGGUACGACAGACGCUUGUCCAAGCGCUUGAGCAGGAUCGGGUGCGCUUCGGCAUCCUUCGUUGUGUGGAUAUUCUCGAACGGGAUGCGGAUAAUGUAAUGGUAUGCAUCCUGCCCCAGGGCAAGGCCAGAGACGCCGCUGUCAGAAUCCAGCACACCCUCAUAGAGGCCUUUUGUCGGGAAAAUGACGUCAGAUGUCUCAAGGUGGACUGUGCCACAAAGAUCUCCACCGUUUUCACGUCCGCGUCUACAAAGGAACAGAAAGAGCGCGCUGUUAGCGCCGACCUGAGCUGCCUACUCGUUAUGACGCCCCCGGCCGCUGCUAGCAAAGAGGACGAAUUUGUCUGCGACUAUUGUGAGAAUUUCAUGCUGGGCGGCGUCGUCCCGCAUGGUUGCGUCGAGAUCCCCGUCUGAGAGAUGACGUCACUUCCGCUAGAGCUAGGAUUUGACUUCAGCGGGAUUCCAAUAUCCCGAAUGCAUCAAGCAGGUACCAUAUCGCGAUGACCCAAGGUAAAAUCGAAGUGGCAACGGUGGUAAAUCCCGUUCGCCUGCACGCAGUCGCUAACCCUGUGAGAACGACGCUCUUCGAAGAACGAGACAGUGGGCAGAUUGAUUUUACCGGAAAGGGCAUGAUUUACCACAUCGUCGAGAAAUAUCAUGAACAUUUCCGAAAUGUCAUGAUAUCGAUUAUCUAGGCGUUCGUCACUGGCGGAGAUAACCGAUACCAUAUUCUGAAACGCCCUCGCGAGUGUUCGUAGACAAGGGAAUGUCCGGAAAGAUAAGGCAGGGAAAUAGUUUAAUUGAACUAAGAAACAAUAGCAGCCAUCAUGAAGAAAAUGGCGUGGGAGUGGGCUAUUAUAAAGACGCGGGAAAAGUGACAUUACAAUUAAAACAUGUUGGAGUGAAGAUUGAGAUGGCUGUCAAACUAAAAUGAAUGUUCACUACACUUGUAGUAUACUUGUUUCAUAACUUAAUUGUUAAUAUUUGGUGUUGAGAAGUGAAAACAUUUUAUUUAUUUGAACAAUGAUUUAACAAACGUAUUUUGAAAACAUUAUACAUGCAUAAUUCAUUUAUUAUUGUAACUACCAUCAGAAUUAAUUGCAUUAAUUUAAAACAACUGAUUUUAUGAAUAUGUACUUAUUUGGUCAAAUAAAUUGUGAAUAUUU